UGACCUUCGACGAUUUACCGAUCGGGUCCAACUUUUCAAGCCCUGAGCAUUGGUAUUUGCCUAUUUGGUCCUACCUAUCUAGUGUAGUUCUAAUCCAAAAGAAAACCAUGGCGCAAUAAUUUUGCAACAUCAAAGAACCAAGACCCACCAAAUAGGCAAAUACCAAUCAUAGUCCAUAGAAGUGAAGUAUAGAAUAAAACAAGGCGACAUUCCUGGUAGUCCCUCAUAGAUCCAAUGGCUUUCCACCACCAACACAACCACCAGCAAAACCUCCACACUACCACCACCUCCAUUUGCUGCUGCCGAACACGCCCUUGUUACCCACCACCACCACCAUCUCCACCAUUAUCAACUCCCUCUACUGAUCCAUUUCUUGUUGCAGCCAUUGUCUCUCAGCUUCUCCAAUCCCCAAACCCUCAAAAUCUCUAUUCCCAACACAUUCAAACUAACUCCAUUAACCAUAAUCAAAGACACCCACAUCAAGAUCAAACUCACCAAUUUCAUCCUCAUUCUCCUUUUUAUUCUCUUCUGCAACGAAUUGACGCCUUGGAAUCGUCGCUUCAGGCUUUCUCUUCUUCUGGGUCUUCUUCUCGUUUCUCUUUGAGAGAUUCUGCUGCCAGAAUUAUUCAGUAUCAUUUCAGGGCUUUUCUUGUUCAUAGAUCAAGGACUCUUCGUCAACUCAAAGAUUUGGCUUCCAUUAAAUCUGCUCUUGCUUCUCUCAAAACUUCUCUUUCUCGUCAUGGUUUUGUUGACUUUGAUUUGCUCUCUCAUAAAGCCAUGAGUUUGCUCCUCAAGCUUGAUUCUAUUCAGAGUGGUGAUAAGAUGAUCAAAGACAGCAAGAGGUGCAUUACCAGAGAAAUUACUGAAUUUUUAGAAUUGUUUGAUGGGGUUUAUGUUAAGAGGCAUCAAGUUCUAACUAGGAAGAUGAAGAACUUGAGAUUGGUGGAGAAUGAUAAUAGAGCUUUUAAUGGAACUAGGGGGUUUACCGAGCGUAAUGCUGGAGCGAAAAGUCGAAAUCUAAGCAAUGAAGAGAAGAAAUUAAUGGCAAAUUUGAGGGAGAGAGUCGAAAAAAUUGGUAGGAUGUCAAAAGCCCUUGAGGUGAAGGAACAAGAGGUGUUUGGAGGCAAUGAAACCAAAGGAAUUAAGGAUGUUGAUGAUGAGGAAAAUAAUAUCAUUGAUAAAAUCACUAACAAUUAUAAAUCGAAAAAUGGGUUAAACAUGAAGAAUGCACAAAGCUCGAAUUCGAAGCAGCAUGUUUGCUUUGUGGAGAAUGGGAAUCUGAUUAGGGUUUAUGAUGUUGAUAGAGAUCCUAAGGCUAGGGUGGUUGAUGUGAUUGAAGACUCUACUAAAGGAGCACUCGACGAAGAGGAAGUACUGAGUGAUGGCGAAGGGUCCUCAUACGACGACAGCAAUGAAGGCACGAGGAACUGCGGAAGCGACAAGGAGUUUGACAACCAAGAUGAGGAGUUCACGUUUUCGACGACUCCUGAACCUUUAAGGAUCGAUCCAAGAGCGGACUUUAUGUCGAGGAAAUCGGGUGUAAACAUAGUUGAAAGUUAGGUGAAGGUUGCAAUCUCCAAUCUCCAUUACUUCAUAUUUUAUCUGUGGAUUUGGAAUUCUUAUUAUCAUGUAUUUUUAGGCUAGUGUUUGGUUGUUCUUAUUGAGAUUUGAGAUGAACAAUAGUGGGUGUGAUUGUAAUGUUUUGGUAGGUUUCUGAUUCAAGUCUUCUACUUCUAUUUAGAUGUUAAAUGCCUCAUGAGUCA